AUGGCAGUCGGUCACCACACUGAUGGAGGACGAGUCUCUGGACCCGGACCUGAACCUAGACUGGUCCUGGUCUUCAGCGGGAAACGAAAGUCCGGAAAAGACUUCAUUACGGACCGGAUCCAGGAGCGUUUGGGGCGGGGCGUUUGCUGCGUCCUGCGUCUGUCCGGACCUCUCAAACAUCAAUACGCUCAGGAACACGGUCUGGACCUGGACCAGCUGCUGGGUCCUGGUCCCUAUAAGGAGCGUUACCGUGGCGAUAUGAUCUGUUGGGGAGAAAGCCGACGUCGUCAAGACCCCGGAUUCUUCUGUCGCCUAGCAACCAGAGGAGCUCUGCAACCAGUGUGGGUGGUGAGUGACGCACGGCGGCUGUCAGACCUGACCUGGUUCAAGUCCAGGUUUCCACAACAGACCCGAACUGUCCGGGUUCAAAGUUCAGAAGAAACACGCAGACAGAGGGGGUGGAGCUUCACUGCAGGUGUGGAUGAUGCAGAGUCAGAGUGCGGCCUUGACAGCGGCGUUGAAUUUGAUUGGAUCAUCACUAACGAGGUCAACGCCCCCUCGUUAGAAGAGCAGCUGCAGCCAAUCCUGAAGCUUGUGGAGGAAUCAGCUGUUCUUUAAACCGGAGUCUGCAAAGGAUGAUGGGAGAUUCUCACCUGGACUUUGAUGCUGUGAAUUAUUCUUUAGACGUUUGUAAACAGUUUGUUUGUUUUCCAGCAGCUGUAAACAAACAAACAUCGAGUGACUCACCUGAGAAACAUUAAAAACCUUUUACCUUUAAAACCUGGUUCAGGUUCUGAAUGAGUUUUUUUGACCUCAGAGUCUGAACAGGUGAGCUUUUAAUAUAACAAGACAAUAAUGAUGACAUCACUCAGGUGAGAACAGGAGGCGUGUCCUCACUGAUGAUCAUUUUAUACUUUAUUUUUUUGAAAUGUUCUUUUUAUGAGGAACAGCAGAGAAUAAUUUAAUUUAGACUUUUUUUUUUUUAAAUAUCAGCUUCAAAAUGUGAAUUUACAGAAGAUUUUAUCAUUCAGACUAAAGAAGUAAACAAUAAGAAAAACAAUUACUUGUUGAUAUCUAUGUUCUGUUGCUCCCAACCUUCAGUCCCUUUUUAGAAAUGGGAUGAAUUUGCAGAACAGGUCUUACCAUGUUCCACCAAGAGGUGAUGUGAAGGACAGUCACUGUGCAGGCAGCUCUCAGAGUCUGAGAGAACAUCAUCAUACAGUCAUCAAGGAUGACCAUAUUUUCUCUUCUAUCAUUAAAUAUGAAACAUUAUCAAUAUAUGAACCUGAUGUUUUAUCUCCUGCUGGUUUUCAUUAAGUUUAUAUUCCCUUUCUUAUUACAUGUGUUGAUCAGCUGUCACUUUAAUGUUGUUUGAGAUAAUAAUGAAGCAGAGAGCUGGAUGAAGUUACCUUCAAGCACAUUUCUCUAAACAUCUUUACCUCUGGCUACCAAACAGUAAACAUGAUCAGACAGGAUGUUUAACUUUGAAUCUUUCCACAGUGUUUUCACGGGAAAAUCCCUUCCCAAACUGUUUAUUCUGUAGAGCUUCAAAACUCAGGAAUGCCCCCUUGUGGACAAAUGAGUAGUAGGUAGUCAAACUUGUUGGGACUUAGGGGUAUGACAUCAUAAAUGUGUCAACACACCUGUAAGGAUGAACAGAAACUUGAAGAAAAGAAAACACACUGAGUCAUGAUGGAUCUACAAACCAGUGAUGGUGCUUUUAUUUUAUAAAAUCUGCUCUGUCUCAAGAUUUAUUACAAUAUGCUAUGACAUCAUCACUGUGUGGCUUUAGAAUAAAAACUUUGUUAAACUUUA